AUGCCGCAGAGGUCGCUUCGACAUCAACUUGGAAUGAUCUUAGUGUUUUUCUUACUGGUAACAAGUCAUUCUCUAGCCUGUGGACCAGGAAGGGGCCCCGGCAAGCGGCGUGGACCCCGUAAAAGGACACCUCUGGUGUUUAAGCAACAUAUUCCAAAUGUAUCUGAGAAUACAGUAGGGGCAAGUGGCAUUCAUGAGGGCAAAAUCACAAAGCCUGAUCCUCGAUUCAAAGAGAUGGUUACAAACCUGAAUCCGAAUAUUGUGUUUCGUGAUGAAGAGGAAAACAAUGAAGACAGGGUUAUGUCCAAGAGAUGUAAAGACAAGCUAAACACCCUGGCUAUUGCUGUCAUGAAUGAAUGGCCUGGAGUAAAAUUACGCGUGACUGAAGCUUGGGAUACACAGGGCCACCAUGCACCCACAUCACUUCACUACGAGGGUCGAGCAGUGGACAUAACUACUAGUGAUCGAGUUCGAUCACGCUAUGGGAUGCUGGCGCGUUUAGCUGUGGAAGCAGGCUUUGACUGGGUUUACUACGAGUCAAGAAGCCACAUUCACUGUUCAGUGCGAUCGGAUUCGCUUGAUACUACCCACUACGGAGGAUGCUUCCCAAGAACAGGCAAAGUCGUUGUUCGAAACAAAGGCACCAUAACCCUGGACCAGUUAAAAGUUGGUGACAGUGUUUUAUCGGUCGACCUUCAAGGCGAGUUAACUUACAGUGAAGUGAUAGCAUUUUUGGACACCAAUAAAGAUUCUAGUGGCUACUUUCACCGAAUUGAAACAGAGAACGGCCAUACAAUUCGACUGACCGGAAAGCACUUAAUUUAUUCCUCUUACACAAAUCGAACACGGUUUGACCUGAAUGACAAUGAUUCUGAGUUCGAAGCUACAUAUGCUGACCAGGUCCAGAUUGGAGAUUAUGUUAUGACAACGGACAGAACGGCGGGAUUGUUUGCUUCCCGGGUAAAGAAAAUAGCAGCUGUCUCAGAGAAAGGUGUUGUGGCACCGCUUACAAAAUCUGGUAACAUCAUCGUCGAUGGCGUUGUCGUCUCUUGCUAUGCGUUCAUAAACAGCGAUUACAUUGCGCAUGCGUCGUUUUUCUUCUUACGAGGACUCCACCAGGUAACGAGUCACAUCCCUUUUGUAUCCUGGGCUGAAAGUCCAUUGGCCUCAUAUGCCAUCGAUGGCAUUCAUUGGUAUGCAAAACUUUUAUACAAGAUCGCUCCUCUAUUCCUGGAUAGAACAUUAUUAUACAUGAAUGAUUAA